UCAAUGGUCGUCACCGAAUGAAAACCUUCCAUUGCAUCGCAUCCACGCAUCCACCCUUCCAGCGGGUCGAUCAGUUACCCAGCGCGGUUGAGGAGAAUGUUGCGCCUAGACGUUGGGCAGGACGCAAGAUUCCCGGCGGGCCAAUCAUGGGCCAGAAAACGAUGUCAUGUCACUGGCAGACCCGGUGAUCAGAACAAACGAACUUCGCUGAGCAAGGGAACUCGAAGUUUUCCCCCUCCUGUGAAAAUUCGUCGCGGAUCAUCGGCUCUGAUCAGAAGCUUGGUCGUCUGGCUUCUUAUUAUUUAAAUCCCACCUCCAUCUCGUCUCCCUCUCUUGUGACUCUUGCUGGUUAUCCUGCAGUUUUACAAUCUCAUUGGAACACCCCUACUUUCUCCAACCAAGCUAGUACUAUCUGUCUAUUAUUGACGACCCUGCAUUUGCAUCGACUCCACUUCGGUCAACAUGCCUGUUAUCUCACGUUUAGUGUCAAUUGUCUUCCGCGUAGCGGAAAUUGUUUGCGCUGCGGUGGUUGCCGGUAUCAUCGGCCACUACCUCGCCCACUACAGCGGUAGCUCAUGGCCCCAAGCCCGUUGGAUCUACACCGAAGUCGUCGCUGGUUUAUCCAUACUUCUCGGACUGAUAUGGCUCAUACCAUUUUCCUCCGGUUUCUUCUCCUGGGGAUUUGACGUCAUCAUCUCUUUCGCAUGGUUUGCGGCUUUUGGUAUCCUCGUCGACGCCAUCCACAAGUUGAACUGCGGUAGCAUCUGGCACUGGGGCGGACUCUAUCAUAACGAUAGCUGCAGUCGAUGGAAGGCAGCUGAGGCGUUCAGCUUUAUCUCUGCCAUUGUCUGGCUUGCGUCGGCGCUGGUGGGUAUCUGGUUUACGUUCCGGGUCCGGAAGGAGUCCACUCCUCCUACCUAUGGUCGUCGUCGCUUCGGCCGCUCUGCCGUGUAAGUGUGGGACGUCUCGUGCCACACAGCCCAUUGCACCAAGUGCUAUCUACACUUCCAUUUACGGAGUCUCGAGGUGUUGCUUGCAUGCCACACGGCACGUUGCUCCUCGGCUCUAACGCUCAUUCCAUG